AUGGCGGCCGAACUCCAGCAACACAACCCAAAACGCAAGCGAGACUCAGCCCAGCCAGACAUCGACCAGCACUCAAACAACAGCCGGCCCUCACUCGACACCCUCCAACUAGCCCACCUCAUCACCUCCAUCCAAGCCCAUCAACCGCCCCCCUCCGAACCACCCUCGAGCACCCAUCUGGCCGGCUACAACAUCCUGCCAGACUACUUGCUCCCCUCUGCACCCGCACUCGAGCCAGAAUGGAAGGACAAGUUUGAGACGGCCCUGAGCCCAUUGAAGCUAGAGAUCUCUCGUCUCCGAUCACGCAUCGAAACCUUGGAGGACGAGCGAUUGGUGAUGGCCCGCGAGAUCACCUCCUUGAAGGGAUGCCUGAACCUCUCCGAUUUCACUCCCCGAUCAUUCGUUGGAUCCACCCACCAAACACCGAUCUCUGCAGCCAGAGAUCAUCCAAGACCGACCGCGGCCUUCCUCGGCCGCCAUCCGGCGCUUCACCACAACCAUGCCUUGGAUAUCCCCGUAGGCCCCCUGCCGGAGAUUGGGUCGAGCAGCGCUCAAGCUCACCCGGCAGUCGGCUUGAACCAUCCGCUUGCUGCCGUCCAAACACCCACCUCCGCCGAGACCAAGCCUGGGAUCCCCCAGCCGAUCCUCAACGCCUCGUCCAAGUUCGAAACGGGGGGGACCAGUUUCCGGCGACAGAGCGCACGCAAGAAGUCCGAGGCCCCCGCCUCCUUCUCACCCACCUCGACCGCCACCCCAGCCAGCAGUAACAACCGGUCGAAGCAUCGUAAGCCCGAGCUCUCCCGGACCGUCCGCGCCACCGUCUUCCGGCUCAUGGGCGUCUCGUCCAGCCAGUCCCCCGUGCCCAGUGACGCCGGGCUGCCAAGCGAGACCUGCAGCAAGUUCGGAAACGAGAAGAGUCGGGCCUACCAUGGCUACACCACCUCGCCCUGUUUCCCGGAGUAUACCAACGAAGAGAUCUUCGACCCGAUCACGAAGACCCGGAUCUGGCGGUGGGACUGGUCCAAGACGAUCCGACAGUCCCAAAACAACACCAACUUUGCCAAGGAGAUCCGCAACGUGAUCGCCCGCGAGGCUGCGGACCCGGUCCGGCCCAUGCACACCGAGGUGCCCCCGAGCGACUGGCUCUAUCUCGACGACGCUAUCGACUCCGCUUACACUAACAUGCGCAGGGAAAGAGAUAACCUCAUCGAUCCCACUAAAAUGGUCAAGAAGGAGGUCCAUCGCGCCCGUAACAAGAAGCGCGGACUCAAGGAAGAUAAGUAUAAGCGCCGGAGAAAGGCGCUCGACGAGUAUCGCGCCGAUCCGCAGAGCUUUGGCCAACGUCUACGGGACGCGAACCUGAGGCUACCCGAGAAGCCCAUCCCGGUUAUGGGAGGGGAGCAUCAGCACCAGCAACAGCAGCAACAGGAGGAGGACGAGGAGGAAAGAGAGCGCUGGGACGACGCAUUGGACAUCAAGUACAUGUCGAGUGAAGACGAAGCGCACGUCAACGACUUCACGAACCCGGUGCCGAUCGGGCCCGAGAAGACGGACAACACGUUGGCGGCAUCGGACAAAGUGUUUGCCAUCUGUCGCCCCACUUGGCGCUCCGACCAGCUCUACACCCUCUUCGCUGUCCUCGAUACGAUCAAGAUGCCGGAGCGCGCUUAUCGCAGAGUUCUCGGGCCGAGCCGGGAGACCAGACCGCCGCUUGGCACCCCCGCUUGGAGUGCGUAUAUGCCCCUCUCCUUCGUCACUUGUGUGUGUGUGCUGACCGCGUCGAUGUCUCUGUCAGUGGUCAACCCCGCAUACUCCAACGCCUCUUCUUCGACCACUAGCCCCCUCCUCGACCCCGCGUCCGCAAACCCCUCGCAUCUUGCCGCCCCCGCCCCGCCCCCGUCCGCCGCCCUUCCUCACCCCUCUUCCUCGUCCGCCGCCAAACCUGACCCUCAGAUGUCUCCCUUCUGA